AUGAACUUUGGGUUUCGUUUCAAGUAAACCAAGCCAACUAAAUUCCCCCAAUCGAAUAAUCAAACUCUGCUCAGUAUCGAUGAUUGUCGCAAAAGAUUGCUAAAUUUUCAACAAUAAGAUUGUUUAAAGGGAAAUCUUGAGGCCUGCACCCAGUUGGAGAAGCAAUUGCUCGAAUAUAUGACGCUUUUGGAUGAAAUUCUGAAACAGCCUCUCCAAGAUGAAAUUACCUUCUGUUGGAAUGAUUCGUACGAACCUAACAAAUUCACUUAAUCAAAUUAAUGGCAUUAUGAAUAUGCAUGUCAAUUAUACAACUUAGGCAUCCUGUAUUACCAUCAGGCCCAGAAUGAACAACAAAUCAAAAUUUCAUUAACCAAAACUAGAAACAUGCUUUGGAGUUAUCAAAGACUGUAAGAAGUCUUGCCCUUUAUUAAUUCUAAAAUUGUCUAGCAACACUCAGAUCUCUCAGUCGUUCACAUCUACAUGUUGAAUAGUUAUGCCCAAGCUUUUGGAUAUAAAAAGCUCUAUGAACAUUUCAAAACUCAAAAGGGAAAUCAGGAAUAACUGGAAAGUCUCAGCCUUCUGCAGGAGGCCAACAAAUAGUAUGACUCAGCAAUACGAUAUUUGAUACAAUCCAAGUAAUGCAACAAAAAAUAGAUUCCACCAAUGAUUUACAAUUAACUAUUGGAGAAACUAAAUAACGAUAGCACAAUAUCAGAGGUCAUUCUCUACAUAGGCUUGGGAAAACUGAUGUCAGAGACAGCCAAAGAAUUCCCCAAAGAGUAGAGAAUGGGAAAGGCAAUAGCCUAUAUUAAUAAGGCUGAAUCAGCCAUAGCAACCAUCUUCAAAAAAUAUAAAUAAAAAAAUGAGUUCCUAGUUACACAAUAUGCUAGGCAAUAAAUUGCAAACUUAAAGAAAGAGUAUAACUACUUGAAUGACAAGGUGAACAAGAACCCUAUUGCCAAAGAGUAUGAAUUGUUGCCACUCCCUGUGAAACAAGAUCUAAUAAAGUCCAAGGCACCUGAUGUUUACGAAUAAAAUAAUGAAUAAAAGCUGAAGCAAGAGGAUGAGAAGAGACUUGGAGUGAUAAAGCUAAUUGAGGAGAUCAAUUCAAAAAAGUUUCAGGCAAAUCAGAAAUUGGUUGAGUUCUAAAAUACUUAUACAACCAUAUUCAACAAAUACAAUCUGCAAUUUAUGUUAGAUGCAUUUUAAAAUGCUGAAUCUUUGAAGCUAACACCUUCCAUUUAGGAGAAGGUGAACUUCAUCAAGGAAAGAGGAGGGUGGAAAGGCUAUUAACAAUAGAUUAACAAAAUUCAUCAAAUGCAAUAAGAGUAAGGAAGAUAGUUGAUUAAAAUAAAGAACAUGAUUGAAUUUUAAUCUUAAAAUGAAGAGGGAAAGAAACCAUUGAGUCAACAAUAAAUUGAGGUCUUUAAGAGAGUGCUAGACGAUGUGCAGAAGAGACUCCUAGAAGCUAGUUACAUUAACAAAAACAAUGAGGAUUAGGUGCAAAAUGUGAGGGAUCAAUUAUUAUUUGUUGAAUAAAAUAACAAUUAGAUGAUUAGUAGCAAAAUACAAACUUCCUUGUAAGAGUCGUAAAAGUUUUACAGGUAGAAUAUUCAAAAUUUGAGAACUUUAUCCUUGUCUAUUGAGAUUAUCAGCAAUAAGUUGGACCUGAUAAAACAAUAAUUAGCGAGUUUAGAGAAGUACAUAGAUGAUUUGAGAUUGGAUAAAAGUAUGAAUACAGGAUUAGAUCAAUUUUUGUAACAACAGGUCAUGAAAAUUAUCAACUAGAAGAUUAAUGAUUAUUAUGCCAUAUUCACAUCGAUAAAUCUUACUUAAUUGGAAGAGGCUUCAAAUCAAUUGACAUAGAACGAGAAGUUUAUGAAGACAGCAAAUUUAGAUGAAGAGGAAUUUGAGAAUUCGCUACAGACAAUUACUGAGGCCUUCCAAAAUUUGGAUUAUGGUCAAUAGUUUUAUGAGUAUCCAAUAAUUCUAUUAUUAUUUAGAUCGAUAUCCUUGCAGAUAACAUAAAUAGCUUCUGCUUUGUAAGAAAUAAUCAAUAGUGUUAAUAAGUGA